AUGAUUUUUAUAAAGGAGGUCGACUUAUCGACAGGUUCCGCCAGUAUUGCCAAUUCCGUGGUAUCGUGCGUAGUAGAUAAUUUCAAACAUAUUUAUUGUGUUCUGUACAAAGAUAAACGGCUAACAAUAGCUGUGUUACGAAGAUGCCCCGAACAAUUAUGUCUACAAAGAGGGAUAGGAAGAGAAAGACGUGGAGCUCCGAUCAGAUGACAAGGGCAGUUGAAGCUGUACGCACUAAGUCUAUGGGUUUUACAAAGGCAGUUAAAAGUUUUGGUGUGCCAAGAACUACUCUAAGAAGGCUCGUCCAUAAUACUGAGUUGUUGCCAGAGCUAGUUGUACAGAAGCCCUUAGGUAGAAGGCCUGUGUUGCCACCUUACCUAGAAGAAAAAUUAGUGGAAUAUAUAUUGCACAUGGAGCAAAUAUUUUAUGGCUUAACUCGAAUGGAUGUCAG